CCCAGCAACAAGCAAAACGUGUGCUGUUCAGUCAGCAAUUCUCAGUCUGUCGAAUCGCUUGGUGACAUUGUACAUGAUAUCGCGUGUACUUCAUACUUUACUUCAUCUUUCGCUGCGAGUGGUACUCAUUGACGUUUACAGAUAACGUAAAGGAUGAUAAUGUAAAUUAUUAAGGGAUAAGCCAGUCACACGAAUGUUAUCUUGAAGGUUUAUAAGGAUCAAGAAGCCAUGGCACUGCUGUACCGCUUCACUCGUCUGAACGAUCGUGCCAACACAGGAGUGUUCACCUUCAUCGUGACACGUUCGAUCACGCGCGACAUACAUCGCGACCCCACCACCAAAGAUUUCGUCUACGGUUACCACAGAUGGGCGGUAUCUUUCACGAGGACGGACAAGGUCUUGGGAGUAUUUCUAAUACUAAGAAACCCGUCGGCCGGUACCAAAUGCUACGUGGACUUUUCAUUCACGUUACUCAAUCGAGAGCAUUUCAGCAAGAACGAGACUUUCGUGGAACGUCAAUGCAAAUUCAGCACGGAUCACGCGGCGCACGGGACCGGAAAAUGGUUACCCAUGGGAGAUCUAAGAAGUCGUAAGUUCACGGACGAAAAUAUGGAGUUUCUCAUGGAGUUAACCAUAGGAAACGUCAUGACUGUGUUCGAAACCGAGAUCAAAAUACCGCAUUCGGCCCUAUCGCCUCAUUCCAAGACGGCGAAAUUCGAAACGGCCUUCUUCGUCUUCGGGAAUUUCGAAUGGAAUGUUGCGAUACACCCGCGCGGAUGCCACGACGAUGGUGAUACCUCCGGAAGGGCAAGAAUACUGUUGAAUCGAUUAACCGGCUUCGAACAUCCGUGCCGAGUCAGGUACAGGAUAGUACUGGGAGAGACGGAGAAGAAAGUCGACUCGGGUUUGUUGGAUCAGAUAUCCGAUCUGAGUGGAAGAAUUCGCGGCUUCUGGUUACGAUGCCAAGUUCAAGAUAUCGUCCGUCGUAACGCCUUAAAGGUAUACGUGGAGAUGGUCUGUGCCAAUACCAUCAGCGAAGCCAAAUUGCCCACCGUUCGAGAUCUGGAGGGUGCGGCAAAUUGUUACGAUCGCGAUAAGCAGGGUUGGUGCGUGGAAGCGGAUAUGGAAGCGGAGUGUUUGAAGUUGAAAUUGUUCUACACGGAUUUGCACAACGUGCCGAGGAAUCACUUAAAGUACGUGUCCUGGAACGCUUACGUCAUUAGAAAUCAUCCCACCACCGGCCAUCGGGAAAGUAUAUUGGUGAUAAACGCUCCCCACAACAGUUACUACGUUCAAGACGGUAUGGAUAUGGGAGUUACGAUGGAAACAGAUAUACCCGUCAGGCAGAUACGAGAGAUGCCAAAUACAUAUAUAGAAGGCACGAGUAAUCGUCUGAUAGUUCAUAUCGAGUGGUUGGAAUCGUUAUUGCUAUUCAGUGCUAUUUAUCACAAGUAUGACGACAUUUGCCGUGUUCACGGACACCAGAUGAAGAGGGAGAUAUCGGCGCUGCAAACGGAAAACUACAGCCUGGAAAGACAACUGUUCAGUUACCAGAAAUCAAUAUCGAAAGCGGGACAGACAUCCGAAGAUAUAUCAGACGAAUAUUAUUUUGACAGAAGUUUAUCAGAAGGACAGAGUUUAUCAGAAACGGAAUAUGCCUGACGUUUUAGUAAACUCCGCAUUAAACCACACAGGAAAAUGUGAAAACAAAAUGGUGUUUUUCUAGUAUAUUUUCUUCUUGUUCCCGACCCAAGUGCCUAUGUUUUUUGUCUACUACUUCUCUAUCUUUCUAUUAAUCUGUCUAUCCCUAUAAACGACUGUGUGGAUAUAUGCGGAAGGCUUUUUAUUUUGUCCACUGUCGGAGGAAGUACACUCGAUAUCGAUCGUUCUGUAUAAUUUUAUACGGUUUCUACACUGAAAUAACCAUUGUGUAUGCGUGUACCGCAUACGGUACGAACAUAUGUAAUGAGUAUGCGGUACCGUAUAUUUCAAAAUUCUUUUAUCUUAACCGUGAUGAAAAUAUUAUUCUAUAUAAUUGAUUAUUUUUACAGCUUUUAGUUAGAAAAACACGCGUAACUUUACGUAUUUAACUUGCAGUUACGUUGUUACGAUUUAUACUUUAGCGUGCUUUUUAAUACUUUCGGUCGCAUGUAUAAUUUUAUUCAUUAUGACUACUUUAUUAAUGAAUAUUACGGGGCAUUUUAUUCGUAAAGAAAACUGCAUUAAAACUGUUAAAAUAAGACACUAAUGGAACAAUUUAACCGUUUAUAAACACGCAAACUGUAACACAAGCGGCAAAGUAAUAGGCUGUUCUACGAACUCGACUUAUUAAUUUUUUAUAUGAUUUACACUGUUCAUAAAUUAAUACAGGGCCAAAAUUUGCCACGUUUGUAAAAAAUUCACAAAACUUCAAAGAGACACACGAAAAAAAAAAACAAAAAUAUAUAUAUAUCAGCAAAAUGAUUCUUUAACCGUUUAUAUCCGAGAACGUGUAACCGGAAGCCGAAGAAAAUUGAAAAAGCUCUAAAAAUAACUCGAAAAUUAUUAAAGAAAAGUUAAAAAGAAAAAAGAAUUCAUCAAAAUUAAAGCACGGCGAUUAAGUUACGUAUUUUUUUCACUAAACACAAUUAACAGUUUUUUUUUCAAUUUAAAAAUAAAACGAUUUUUAAGUAAGUCCUCAAGCAAUUUGGUAGCUUAAAACACGGCAGGAAAAGUAAAAAAAGGGGUGGGUGUAAGAAAAUUCGCGGAAUUUUUUUAACAAAAUAUGAGUUCGAAUUGUCCACUUCACUGAAAAGCAUUGCGUAUUUGCUAGAAAGUUGAUUCAUUAAUUGAAUUUGUCAACGUUAUUCCUGUGGAGAAUGUCAUUUUGAUUACUACAAUGAGUGAGUAAAACUGCAUUCUGUAAGAAAAUGUAUGAGUAAGCAUAACUUGUAAUAAGCUAAACUAUAAUAUUUACAAAGCUUUUUAAGAUAGAAUUUUAAUCGAGAAGCGACUUUAAACAAUAAAAAAUAAAUUUUUUUUAUACAGGAACAACACGUACACAUUGUUUUACUGCCGUGUGUGCAAGUAGAAUUGCAUAAGGACUAGGCCUAAUGCAACAAAAAUUGAUUCAUAAAUUACAUCAUAAGAACUAAAUUCGAUACGUUUCACCGGAUAUUUCUUUUUUAAACACCUUACAAAAAGACGUAUUCGGUGUAUCGUCGUAUAAUGCGCAACCAGGAAAAAAUAAUUGCUUGCGAAUAAAAUAAGUUUAAAAAGAAAUCAUAAACCAAUCCACUCUCCGUCUAAAAAUCAAGCUUAAAAUUAAAAAAAAAACACUUUUUAAUUUAAUUUUUAAUAUUUUAUUAACGUACGUUUAACCUGUGCCUGCCGAUUUAAACGGGACCAAUUAUAAAGGAGAAAAUUAUUUGAUAAAAAAAUAUUAUUCAAAGUAAGAAUGGCAAAAAAUAUAUAUAUAUAAAUUAUUUUUCUUACUUUUAAAUUAUUUAUAAUUAUUAUUAUAAUUAUAGCAAAUAAACACUAAAUGUUACUUUAUUCGUAUUGUUAAGUCUUCAUCUUGUGUGACUGUGCUCAGUUUGCAAACGAAAUCUUUAAAUUGUUUUAUUAUCGUAUUUUUUAAAAUUAAUUUACGAUCCAAAUGUUGUAAUUCAUUAAGGAUCAGUAUUUUUGAGCGGUUAUCGUAUCACUUCUCAAACUGGACCAUAAAGAUUCGCAUGUUCGUCUGUCUGUCUGUAAUUCCUCUGCUUGUUAGGUUUCUUACAGCGGAAUUGCACGUAACAAUGGUUUGCAGUAUAAAAUGGAACGAUAUUUUUUUUAUUUGUGACAAAGCUUUAAAGUUGUUGGGAAUAUAUGCUACACCUUUCAAUAGUUACAUUUUUUUUUUAAAGUAAAGUAAUAAUUGCAAAAGUUUUGGAUUUCUCUAAAGUUUUCUAAUGUUUGCAGAUAACUAUUUUAUUAAAUUUAUUAUUUUUCAACCAUUUUUGUUUGUUUUUAGUGUUCAGUAGUAUGAGAGUGAUGAAAAUGUGAUGAACUGUAUCGUAUAUGAAAACGGCAUGGAAUGUACUGUACUGUACACAAGUUACAGGUUAGGAUACAUUUUAUGAUCUCACCAUCUUUAAUUUAAAUUUAUUGUAAUUUGCUGAAGUGGCAUUACACUAUGCUUACAGCAUAGUGUGUCAACUACACACCCAACUGCACGUGUAGGCAUAGUGUGUCAACUACACUCCUAUAGUUAUACUUGUGUAGUAGGUAUAUCUCACUACAUACCUACUACACAAGUGACGCACUACGCAUACAGCAUAGUAUGUCAGUAGUGAGUACCAUUAUUUGACACACUUGCGUAGUAGAUAUCAUUAGUUACACAUUUGUGUGGUGGAUGUGCAUUGGGUUACACGCUACGAAGCUAUAACUUAAGGCCUCCUUAUUAUUAAUUGGUGAACGAAACAAGGCUUCCUUUUGCCAUUCAACAAA